CCUCCGCCCUGGGUCCCCCACCGGGACAGCAGAGCCAAGUGCCCAGAGCGCGGCGGCGGCGGCGACGGCGGCAGCGGCUUCGUAACCGGCUGUGCCGCGGAGCGUGCGCAGCAAGGCCGACCGAGAGCCAGCACCCGUGUCUGAGGGGACGGGGAAGGAGCCCGGGCGGCCGAGCGUGCAGCCAUCCGCGGGCACCGCCGCCGGGACCUCCCGGAGGACAGCCCGGGCCUCGGCCGCCACCCGUCCCGCCCGCGUUCGGGGUCCAGGAGCCGUCGCCGCGCAAGAUGCCCAAGAAGAAGCCGACGCCCAUCCAGUUGAACCCGGCCCCCGACGGCUCGGCGGUGAACGGGACCAGCUCGGCCGAGACCAACCUAGAGGCCUUACAGAAGAAGCUGGAGGAGCUGGAGCUGGAUGAGCAGCAGCGGAAGCGCCUCGAGGCUUUCCUGACACAGAAACAGAAGGUGGGCGAGCUGAAAGAUGACGACUUUGAGAAGAUCAGCGAGCUGGGCGCCGGCAAUGGUGGCGUGGUGUUCAAGGUCUCCCACAAGCCGUCUGGCCUGGUCAUGGCCCGAAAGCUCAUCCACCUGGAGAUCAAGCCGGCCAUCCGGAACCAGAUCAUCCGUGAGCUGCAGGUGCUGCAUGAGUGUAACUCGCCCUACAUCGUGGGCUUCUACGGGGCUUUCUACAGUGAUGGGGAGAUCAGCAUCUGCAUGGAGCACAUGGAUGGGGGUUCCUUGGAUCAGGUCCUGAAGAAAGCUGGAAGAAUUCCUGAGCAAAUUUUAGGAAAAGUUAGCAUUGCUGUAAUCAAAGGCCUGACAUACCUGAGGGAGAAGCACAAGAUUAUGCACAGAGAUGUCAAGCCCUCCAACAUCCUGGUCAACUCCCGCGGGGAGAUCAAGCUCUGUGACUUCGGGGUCAGCGGGCAGCUCAUUGACUCCAUGGCCAAUUCCUUCGUGGGCACCAGGUCCUACAUGUCGCCAGAAAGACUGCAGGGCACCCACUACUCAGUGCAGUCGGACAUCUGGAGCAUGGGGCUUUCUCUGGUGGAGAUGGCAGUUGGGAGGUACCCCAUCCCCCCUCCAGACGCCAAGGAGUUGGAGCUGAUGUUCGGGUGCCAGGUGGAGGGAGAUGCGGCCGAGACACCACCUAGGCCCAGGACACCUGGGAGACCCCUCAGCUCAUACGGAAUGGACAGCCGGCCUCCCAUGGCGAUUUUCGAGUUGCUGGAUUACAUAGUCAACGAGCCACCUCCAAAACUGCCCAAUGGAGUCUUCAGUCUGGAAUUUCAGGAUUUUGUAAAUAAAUGCUUAAUAAAAAACCCAGCGGAGAGAGCAGACUUGAAGCAACUCAUGGUUCAUGCUUUCAUCAAACGCUCUGAUGCCGAGGAGGUGGACUUCGCAGGUUGGCUGUGCUCCACCAUUGGCCUUAACCAGCCCAGCACCCCGACCCACGCGGCUGGCAUCUGAGCUGUGGCCCAGGCAUCCUCAGCCACUGGUGGCUCUCUGGCCUCUCCCUCGCUUCUCCUCAGAUGUGCAUUUCACCUGUGACCCAGGAGGCAGAUGCAGCAUGUGCCAAGCUGUACUCAUGUUCCUUUUAAUAGUCUUUGUGGUCACCAUUGUCACCAGAAGUGGGUUGGCUUUGUGUUUGGGGCUGUUUGUGGGUGAUCAAACACAUGCCAAGCCAAACAGUGACAAUUGGUGACUGUGGCUGUUCUUGCUCCAUGUCGCUGGCUCCUUGCCACUGGUGUCUCCAGCUUUGGGGAUACCAGGCGGCUCUGCCCCCUGCCAGGCACCUCCUCUCAGCAGACAGGAAGGGCCUCAGAGUCCGUCCUCGGCAGCGCAUGGGACGCAUGCUGUGUUGUGACUCAAGCAUCAUGGGAAAGUGGACAUCACUUUAUUUUUUGUUUUUGAUGUAGAAUUCAGGAAUUUCCAUCAAAAUCUAGCCAGAGCCCCUCACUGCCAUGAAAGCCGGGGCUUCACCAGUGUUUGUCUACCUGGUGAUCUGGAGAAUUCUGGUUGUGUCUCUGUAUUUAUUUUUAAAUAUGCCGUGUGGGUACUUAGUGGUCUAUGGCUUUAGGUUUCAAUUAGUGUUUCUAAAAUAGUGGGUUUAUUUUGAAUGUCAAAAAGGAUCAAGGCAUUAAACAUGUCAGACUUCUACCUUCUCCCCAAUCCAGAUACCAAUGCUAUUGUAAAACAAGUGUGUAUAGUGCCUAAAAACUAUGAAAAUCCUUUUAAUCACUUUAAUCCAGAUGUUUAACAAAUCUAAUCUCUUAUUCUAAUAAAUAUACUGUCAAAUUUUAAAACGGAUAAAAGCU